UGUAUCUACUUGUGAGCUUUUACAUAAAGUACAAAAUCCUUGAAUUCAUUCAUUUGUCUCUUUUCUCCUUUUUGGCAAACUUCCACAAAUUAUAUUCCACUACCUUUAUUUGGAUAAUAACAAUAUUCAACUUCUCCAUACGCUACUUGGUUCAUGUUUUUAAACUCCAUGAUAUAAAAUAGUAAUACUAAGUAAAUCAUGCAUAUAUACACUUUUGUAAGAAAUUUUGUUAAGAAUGCUCAAGAAAAUUAUUAAUAUUUGACUUGUAUAUACAGUAUAAUUUUCUGACAUCACUCGAUGCAUGCUAUGUGGAUGUUAGUGACAGAAACUAUCAAAUGUGGUAGUAAGCUGAGUACAGAUGUUUUGCCAGAACAAGUGAUGAAGUGCAAAUGCUGCAGAAAUUGUGAGAAGAGGCCACAUUGUUAUCAUAAGGUUAAUGCUCCACUAGAAAAACCAGAAUUCAACUCCAUUUCUCAACACAAGGAACCUCUUUGGAGAUGGUUUUGUGCACUGGAAAAUGGACAUCCAUCUAGGAAUAUUAUCGAGAAGAUUUUUCUAGCAUCAACAACAAAUCCAUCAAAGCAACUUCCAACAAUAAAGAAAGUUCUAAGGGUGAACAACACCAUUGACAUGUUAGAAAAAUUCGAAAAAUACAGAGAAACUGUGAAGAAAAGGUCAUUUGGAGAGUACAAAAACCAUCCAAAAAUCACAGUUGAUGGAAAUGAAUUAUUGCAAUUUCAUAUCACGACAAUGAAUUGUUGUUAUGAACAUAUGGAAAUCAAUCCUGAUGAACUCUGUAAGGAUCUGAGUUGUUGUGUUUGCAGGCUAAUCCAAUUCAGCUUUAGAACUUCAUACAACUCGAAAAAUGGAAUUCUAUUAAGUACAAACAGUGAUGUCCUGUGUGAACACGCGAAUCGCGUCUCUAAGGGAAUGAAUGUGAAGAGAGCUGUGAUAGUUUGCAGGACAAUUGCUGGUAGAGUAGUAAGCAAGGAUGAUGUACAACUUGAUGAAGAGUAUGAUUCAACUUCAAUUGCAAGUGGACUUCACUCAAGGUCACAAAAUUUGGUUAUAAAGGACUCAAGUGCUAUACUCCCUCGCUUCAUCAUUGUUUUAGACUGAAUAUAUAUUCUUGUAUGGAGUUGAUUUUUUCUUUAAGUUAUGUGAAAUUGAGUAAAAAUGUAAUUUUCUUAAUAACUUGAUCUACGAAUAUCUCUUCUGUUA